AUGGUUGAUAAGGUGGUGGCGCAUAGCAUCAACACAUUGGUCUCCCUCGUCAGCGUCUGGAACUACGCCGGGCGGGUCACGGCCGGGUUCGCGUCCGAGGCCCUGCUGGCGCGGCACGGCAUCCUGCAGCUAAAUCUGAGAAUGGUUUACCCGCAGCCGCUCGCGCUCACGCUGGUGCUCCUCCUCUCCUGCGCCGGCCACCUACUCAUCGCCCUCGCCGUGCCGCGGUCGCUCUACGCCUUCUCCAUCAUCGUGGGCUUCUGCUUCGGCGCGCAGUGGCCGCUCAUCUACGCCAUCAUCUCCGAGGUGUUCGGGCUGAGGUACUACGGCACGCUCUACAACCUGGGCGCCGCGGCCAGCCCCGUGGGCGCCUACGUGCUCAACGUGUGCGUCGCCGGGCGGCUCUACGACGCGGAGGCGGCGAGGAAGCGCGGGAACGGCCAGAGCAGGACGUGCAUGGGCGUGCGCUGCUUCAGGGAGUCGUUCCUCAUCGUCACGGCCGUCACCGUGGGCGGCGCGCUCGUGUUGCUGGUGCUGGUGUGAAGGACGUGGAGCUUCUACUAGGGAGACAUCUAUGGGCAUUUCAGGGAUGCCGUGGCUGUCCAGGAGUCAUCCGACGGUGCUUACGCGGUUGAGCAGCGGCCGCACGAGUCGGGUCAACACCGGAUGAAGAAGACUACUACGCGUGGGGCCAAGCAUAUCAGUAAGGACCCGUUCGAACGCCUGCAUUCAAAGUUGUCAACGGGGGGCAACUCAAAUGUACCUGAGGCGCCAGGCGACAAUACUGCUGUUGCACCGUCAACCGCUCCCACCAACUCUGAUGCCAGUGGCCGACCAUCUCCACCGGCUGUAGAUGUGUAG